AUGGCUGCCAUCCGGCUUCGAGAAUUUAUUGACCGCCGCCCAGUGAUCCUAUCUAGUGUGUUCAUCGCUCAUCAAGGAAAGGACAUCCAAGGAUAUUACCCCGGGCAGCUGGCAAGAGUCCACUUUGAUUCUAGUGCGAAGAGACCUCCCAGACGUCUCAUAGACUUGACAAUUCCACCCAAGAGAAAAAGCCAGUAUCAGCCUCAAUUAGACCAACAAACUCUCAUUCGAUACAUUUGUUUUCGAAGACAUUCAAGGCCUGCUGAACCAUGGUAUAAAGAAACCACCUACCAAAGGGACUAUUCUCUGCCAUUUUACAAGAUUGAUUGGAACAAGAAAUUAGCCACAGUCUCAUCGAACCCUAGACCACUCGAUUCUCUGCCAGAGCUCUACUGUUGUCGAGAGAGGCAGUUGUGA